AUGACUGUUCAACUAAAAAUUGGCAAAGAAAAUAUUCCAAUCAACAUAAUAUGGCUACGAGACAAUUGCAGGUGUUCGGAAUGUUAUGAUCAUAAUAAUCAUAGUAGAAAAACAACUACUCAACAAUUUCUUAAAUCAAUUAAUAUUAAAAUCCAAGAUUAUACACAUGGAGAUAAUAAUUUCUUCAUUGGGUGGUCUGAUGGUCAUAAAUCUGAAUAUCAUACUAAGUGGGUGAUUGACACAUGGGCAGGAAAUAAAAUAAAAAUUGAACCAAUUUCUUGUUUCGGCGAAGAACUUGAGAAACUACCUUCAAAAGUAUCUUAUAAUGAUCUAUCUCUAAAAGAAGGUCAAAAAAAAUUGAUAAAAUCAAUUUUAAAAUAUGGUGUAGGAAUUGUAACAAAUGUAGAACCAACAUUGGAAGCUACAGAAAAAUUAGUUAGGUUCAUAGCACAACCACAAGAAACCAUAUUUGGAACGAUGUGGACAGUUGGAAUUAAUGAAAAUCAUGAAGAUCCUGCAUAUUCUAAUGGUCCAUUAAUAGUACACAAUGAUAGCACAUAUUUCAAUGAAAGUACUGGUCUUCAAGUAUUUCAUAUGUUGGAAAGGGACAUUAACUGUAAAGGAGGUUUAAGUACUAUAGUUGAUGGGUUUAAAGUAGCAGAAAUAUUAAGAAAAGAAAAUCCAUUACAUUUUAAAAAUCUUACUGAAAUUGAAAUAGAAUCUGAAUACAUAGAACCCGGUUUUCACUAUAAAUGUACAGGACCAGUCAUAAAAAUUGAUCCUACUACAAAGGAAGUAUAUCAAAUAAGGUUCAAUAUAUACGACCGCAGCGCUGAACCACCAUCACGUAUUAAUGAGUUUUACGAAAGUUAUGCUCAUUUUAUAGAAAUAUUAGAGAGAGAAGAGAUGUAUUGGAAGCAUUGUUUGCAGCCAGGAACUGUGGUGGUUUAUAACAAUUGGAGAGUGUUACACGGCAGAACAUCUUUUACAGGGAAGCGGAUUUUUGGUGGAUGUUAUGUAUCAAUGACUGAAUUUUUAAGCAAAGCAAGGACAUUAAAAUUAAUAUCAUAA